CUUGCGUUCCCUUAGACGUCCAUCUAUUUGGAUGGUUAAGGCGAUAAGAGAGUCGAGGUACCUCGGCAGUUCCCGAGCAGCUAGCUCAUCCUUUACCUCCUCAGAUAAUCUGUGCAGAAAAGUAUCGAAAAGAGACUCCGGAUUCCAGGCACUCUCGGCGGCCAACAUGCUAAACUUCACAGCGUAGUCUGCCACACUACGGGAGUUGACGUAAGUCAAGCAGUUUGCUGGCUGCCUUUCUCCCGAUACCGGAGACUCAAAAACCUCUCACCUCUGCCACGAAUUCCUCCAAAUGACCGCAAAUGGCAGAUUGUUGUUCCCAAACUGCCGUAGCCCAGGAGAGCGCCCUUACCGACAUUAGCGUAAUUAUAUACGCCAUCUUCGAUCGGUCUGAAGAAAACGAAGAUUGCUGUAGCUCAAAAAUAAGCAAGCACUGAGAAAGAAAACCCUGGCACAUACCUGGAUACCCUGAAAAUCGCUCUGGGGGUGGCUUUGCGGAGGGACAAUAUUUUUUUUUUAAAGACAUGGACGUUUACGACCCCCAAACCCUCGGCUUCAUGGUCUUUGGUGGAUUCAUGGUAGUCUCCGCCAUCGGCAUUGCUCUGGUCUCCACGCUCUCCAUGAAGGAGACAUCGUACGAGGAAGCCCUGGCCAAGCACCGCCAUGAGCUGGGCAAGUCUGCCCAGACCCAGCUCUCUAUGAAGAAUAAGAAGAAGAAGGCGUUGGAGAACAAAAGCAAAGCUAAGAAGAAGGAAGAGCGGCCCAACGGGGAUCUCCCAGAACCGGUCGCAGAGUCCGCUAGCGAGCCCGAACCCGAACCUGAGCCCCUCGCUGCCCCCGAGCUUGAGCCUGAACCAGAGCCCAUUGCUACACCGGAUCCUGUCGUGGUCGCUUAUGCUGCCCCAGUGGCCGUGGAGGCUGCCGCUCCUUCCCCGAAAAAGAAGAAGAAGGUGGCUAAGGUGGCUCCGGCCCCUGCCAAGCCUACCGUCGUCCCGGAGACCAUCGCCAAGGAAGUGCCCGUCAUGGUCGUGCCACCUGUGGCGAUUGAGGUUGCCCCGGUGACUGUCGCACCCACUCCGGUGUCCAGUGACACUCCCGCCGCACCCGUUGCCAAGGCAGAGGAGGUCAAGGCUGAGGCACCUGCUAAGAAGAAAAAAUCCAAAGCAAAGGCUGAGCCAGUGGUUGCUGCCGUCGACUCUGCUGAUGCUCCCCUCCUCCUGCCAUAUAAGACUCUACUGUCUACUGUGAGCAGCAUGACAUUCAGCGAGGGAGAGGCCCAAAGGCUCAUCAAAGUGCUCAGUGACAAGGCUGGCCUCGACUCCUGGCAACUGGCCUCUCAGAAGGGAGAUCCCACGGCUGCCCUGAAGAAACAGCUAGAGGAGAAGGAGAAGCAGUUGUCUACCGAGCAGGAGGGCGUCUCCGCCGCCAAGAAUCGACUGAGGGAGCUCACUAAGGAGCUGAGCGUAGAGAAAUCGAAGAUGGCGAAGGUCGAGACCCGUCUGAGCUCAGAGCUGAGUGCUCACACUCAGGAGAUAACUGCCCUCCAGGCUCGCAUGCAGGCCUCCUACCAGGACCAUGUGGCUGAGACCCAGCAGCUCAACCUCAAGAUAGUGAGCCUGCAGGAGCAGCUGGACAAUGGCCCAGUCGCUCAGCUGGCCCGCUUGCAGCAGGAGAACUCUAUCCUGAGAGACGCCCUCAAUCAGGCCACCAGCCAGGCCGAGAGCAGGCAGAACGCGGAGCUGGCCAAGCUGAGGCAGGACUGUGUUCGUCUGAACCGGGACCUGGGCGAGAGGACAGAAGCCCUGCAGGCUGACGAUGAGCACAGGAAGGCUCUGGAGGCCAAAGUGUCAGCUUCUGCGGAGAAACUUGCCCAGUUCAAGGCGUGCCAGGCGGAGAGCGAGCAGGCCUGGCAGCAGAGGCUGGAGGUGGUGAGCCAGAAGCUCCAGAAGUCCCAGGACACCAGCAACACCAUGCAGGCCCAACUAGACCAGGCUCAACAGGAGGCCAAAGCCUUCGCCGAGCUCCAGGAGCGCAUGGCCAUCACGGAGGCCGAGCUGAAGGACCUGAAGGCCCAACAGGCAGUAGUGUCAGCUGUGGAGGAGGCCGCCAAGGAGCAGGUUGCCCCACUGGAGUCUCCCAUAGAACCUCCCCCCGAGGAGCAGGAGACUGUGACGGAAGGUGUUACCGAGACCCCCACUGCCACCAAUGGUGACAACUACGCUGAAGUUGAAGAGCUAAAGAACAGUCUGAUAACCAAAGAAGGUCGGGUGGCUGUUCUAGAAGAGGAGCUCCAACAGCUGAAGGUUGAACUGGAGCUGGUGAAAUCUUCCCAGACUGAGGAUCCACAGGUCAACGGCCUUAAGGAAAAGGACAGCAUCGUGACGUCCCUCGAAGAGCAGCUGCAGACAUUAAGAGCCAAGAUGGAGGUGGAGAGCCCAGCAGACACGGAGCAGCUUCAGAGCAGUCUGAAGGAGAGGGAGAGCCAGGUGGCCUCGUUAGAGGAAGAGCUCAAACAGCUGAGAGAGGAGCAAGGGAAGAGUGCAAACGCUGAGUCCGGAAGUGAGACUGAAGCCGAACAGCCAUUUGAAUGCCUUGAGAAAGAUUCCCAGAUGCUAUCUCUGGAAGAGGAGCUACAAAGGCUAAAGGAGGAAAUGGAACAAGUUAGGAACAAAAGCAAUGAUCUCCGUGAAAAGAACUGGGCUGCAAUGGAAGCCUUGACCGCUGCUGAGAAGUUGAAUGAGGAAAGACUGGCUGUGGCGAAGGGUGCGCAGCACGUAGCCGAGGAAGCACUGAGUUCGUUCCAGACAGAAGCUCAAAAGGCUCUUCAGAAGAUCUGCCCUGACGUCUCUUUAGAAGCUAAGCAGAAUAACUGGUUGGAGUUACUCAUCCAGAAAGCACAGGCUACUGAAAUUCCACAGAGCCAAGAAGUCCAGCAAGAGAAUUUGCAACCCACAGACUCUGAGGAGCUUUUGUCAAAACUCAGAGAAGCCGAGGAGUCUCAGAAAACACUACAGGCGGAGUGUGAGCAGUACAGAACUGUCCUGGCUGAAACGGAGGGCAUGCUGAAAGACCUUCAGAAGAGUGUGGAGGAAGAGGAGCACGUAUGGAAGCUCAAAAUCGUAGAGGCUGAGGAGCAAGGGCAAGCAGCUUUGGAUCAGGUGAAGGUGUUGCAGCAAGCUGCAGAGGAUAUGAAGAUGAACAAUGAAAGUACAGACCAGCUGAAAGAGCAGGUGAUGCUUCUGGAGGCCCAGUUGGAGAAACAGCUGGAGUCCAUCAGCUUUAGCCAGACUUACGCCGAGGAGGUCGCCCAGCUGAAGGCCUUGUUAACGAAGACCCAGAGUCGGCUGGAGACGGCCCAAUUGGAAGCUCAGAAGCAGGCCAAGGAACUUUCUGUGGUCCAAACCCAGCUGGUGCAGGUUGUAAACAAGUUGCAAACGGAGGAAGAGAUGAGACAGCAGCUGGCCGUUGACUUUGACCAGGCUCAGAAGUGCGUGACUGACCUACAGACACAGAUGGACCAAAUGAAGGCAGCAGGAGACUGCUCCACAGGAGAACUCAAGGAGAGGCUGGAGAAAGAGAAGAAGCUAACCAAGGACCUUGGCCAGGCGGCCACUAAGCUCCAGCAGAUGCUCAAGGCCACCCAGGAGCAGCUCGUCAAAGAGCGGGACACCGUCAAAACCUUGCAGGGCCAACUUGUUGGGAAGGAGGUGCCCGAGCAAUCAAAGGAAGGGACAUCCGUCUAAGACCGAAUGAACGUCCCACAACUUUCCAAAAUUCCGUCAUUAUUUUACUUAUUUUUUCCUCUCUUUUACUGUAGUUUGUAGUCAAAUUAUCAUUUUGUUAAGGGAUGGAGUUCAGAAGGGUUUUAAUAUUGUAUCCCUUUUUUUAUUAUUAUUUUGGAACCAACAAUCAAUUGAAGAGUCUCUGGCUGUGUCAGAAACUUGUUUAUUUGUCCUGACAUUCCCAGAACAUGCAGCGGUUCAGUGUUAUUGAAAAGGGGAAUUGCCUGUGCGUUAAACGUGCAGCAACUAGUGCAAUCACUUUCUUGUUCUCCUUUUUGCCUGUCCUUUUUGUAUGACAUUGGAAAGGGAGGUUAUUUCAUGGUACGCAGAUGCAAUGCCUUAUUUUACGUAGUGGGCUGCUGACCAAUGUGAGAAUUUGUAACAAAUAAACUGUAGAUCUAUUUGGGGUGAUGGGUGUGUUACUGUUUAUUGCACAAAUGCAUUAUAUAAAUUAUUUAUGAUAGACUAUGUUAAAGGGUAAGUUCAGGAUUUUACAUCAGAGGUGCAUUCUGGUCUGCGUGUGAUUUUGAGAAAUCAUUCAUGUUUGCCUUCCAGUUAUUUUUCCACCUAACAUAAUGGAGACUGUCAUUCCCACGGAUUGGUAGUAAUGGAUUACAUGUAACGGGCAUUAUGUAAAAAAGUACUGUAAUGAUCAACCCAGAUUUCCCCCCAGAAUGUAAUUUUCUUAGUUGGAUUACUUUGUCAGCAUUGCUGUCAUUUAGUGACCCCCUCACAUGUUUUUAACUCUAUAUUGUCCUACUGGUUGAAUGAAUAGGUAAGGCUUCCAAAUUGUGAACCAUGCUUAGACCAAUGGUUUAAACAAGGAUCUAAAAUGGCUAGCUGUUCUCUUUUCUCAUUGGCCAACCUGGCCUCCUUGCAUCACAAGUUGUAAAACUGAUCGUGCUUUUCUGUAGCACAUGCUAUUGACUGACUGGCCUAGCCUAAUAAAAUUGAGCUAUCUUCAUGGUUAUAGACGUGAUCUACUCCAGCACAGCUAAUAACACUGUUUUGGGACACGUUAGCCUAUCGUAUCUAAAAAUGGUGUUGAUAUAGGCAAGCCUACUAGAUGGUCUUUAAAUAGGUUGAACGUUGCACACCUUCACGCCAGAUAGUAUCCUCCUUGCUAUAACCUUUUAGUGUAGCCUACACUAAUUGUGGAUUGAAGAGCAGGCAACCUGUUGUAGUAAAUCAAUAAUGAAAGGAGCUUCUUGGAGUCACUCAGUUGAAUAUAGGUGAAAUGACUUAAGACGUGUACAAGGUUUUAUAAGCAUGUUGAUCAUCUGCCACUUCACUCAUGGACCAGAAGUGGAGGGUUUUCUCCAUUUUAAAAUAAUCUUUCCCCAAAGGGGAUUGAAACUCUCAGACGCCAUAUGUCAACAUCACUUCAGGCUAAAUUACUUGUAGUUGACAACAGCAUGUCGUCAGUAAUGUUUUAGUGUCACAUAGUAGCAUCAUGUAAAAAUAUAUUGGCACAUACCACUUAGACCAUGGGUAACAAAUGCGAUUGGAUGGUGGGUCUACCAUUUAAGGUCUCUGAUCGGUUGAUUCGUUAACGGAUAUAAUUUUCUGCUCAGCUGGCUGUUCUAAGCAUCAUGGCUAAUUUUGGCCUAUGAAAAAAGAUACUUGCUUAAACCAUUGUCUAAGCAAGUAUGGCCCCUACAGAGUUUCUGCUGUUUACAGUGCACUUUCUGUGCUCUGAGUAGCAGGAGAGAAAGAUGCUUUCUGAUUGUGCAAUGCAAUCACUGGGAAAACACACUUUUGAAAGUAACCACUGUUGUUCCGGUUGAAGAGUCCCAGCUUUCUGUAGGUCUACAUUUUAUUUAUGAACCAUUGAGUUAUCUAUAGGCCAUUCACGGUGAGUGCAUUGGCCUACACAUAAAAUGUACUGUUAGACAUCAAUUACAUGGCUAAAUUUAGAGUUAGUGAUUUAGCUCACCUCGUCCUCAGGUGGUGAAUUAGCCCCAAAUGAAUAAACCCUAUUUUGACAGUCAAAUAUUGCAUGACAAUCACUGGUUUAUGUUGCACAUCAAAGUAUCUUGAAUCAUGCAUUCCUGCGAAAACAUGUUAGAUUAAACAAUGUAUUGAACCAUACCAUUUUAAAGCAACACCUCACAACACAAUGCUUCUCCCCAUGUGACCUACUUGUGUGUAUGUACUAACAUGUAUGUGUAACUGACAGAUGCACACCACAUGUUAAUGUCUUUAAAUACAGUGCAUACUGAAAAUA